GCUCAUCCAAUUCAGAAGAACAAUAAAAUCUUCCAUUAAGAGAUUAUUCGUUCUUCUUCAUCUUCUGAACUCCCCAAAUCCGCCAUUGAAAUGGCUGUUGAAGCUCUUCAGAAUGACUUCAUUUUCCGCUCCAAACUGCCCGAUAUUUACAUUCCUAACCACCUUCCUCUGCACUCCUAUUGCCUACACGAAAACCUCGCCAAAAUCGGCCACCGGACUUGUCUAAUCAACUCCGUCACCGGCGAAUCCUUUACCUACCACGACGUCGACCUCGCCGCACGCAAGGUCGCCUCGGGAUUGAACAAACUCGGCAUUGCUCAAGGCGAUGUGAUUAUGCUCAUCCUCCAGAAUUCGCCGGAAUUCGUCUUCGCUUUCCUUGGUGCGUCGUAUCGCGGCGCGAUUAUGACGGCGGCGAAUCCUUUCUUCACGGCGGCGGAGAUCGCAAAGCAAGCAAAAGGAUCGAAUGCGAAAUUAAUCGUGACGCAAUCGUCGUAUUAUGAAAAAGUGAAGGAAAUAACAGAGGAAUUACCUGAUGUUAAAAUCAUGACCGUCGAUUCUCCGCCGGAUGGUUGUUUAUCGUUCGCCGAUCUAAUUCAGGCCGACGAACGAGAGAUGCCGACUGUUGAAAUCAAUCCGGACGAUGUGGUUGCGCUGCCGUAUUCCUCUGGAACCACCGGAUUGCCGAAAGGAGUGAUGCUUACACACAGAGGAUUAGUGACGAGUGUGGCUCAGCAAGUGGACGGCGAAAAUCCGAAUCUGUACUAUCGAAAUGAGGACGUGAUUCUGUGCGUUUUGCCGCUCUUCCAUAUCUAUUCGCUUAAUUCCGUCCUCCUCUGCGGAUUACGGGCGGGGACCACCAUUUUGAUCAUGCCUAAAUUCGAGAUCGGUUCGCUUUUGCAAUUGGUGCAGAAAUUCAAAGUGUCGAUUGCGCCGAUUGUGCCGCCGAUUGUUUUGGCCAUCGCGAAGUCGCCGGACCUCGAUAAGUACGAUCUUUCGUCUAUCAGAGUUAUCAAAUGCGGCGGCGCUCCGCUUGGGAAGGAGCUUGAAGAUACCGUGAGAGCCAAGUUUCCCAAGGCUGUGCUCGGCCAGGGAUACGGAAUGACGGAGGCCGGCCCAGUGCUAACGAUGGGUUUAGCAUUUGCAAAGGAGCCAUUUCCGAUGAAACCCGGCGCCUGCGGCACCGUCGUGAGAAACGCCGAGAUGAAGAUCGUCGACACCGAAAACGGCGGUUCGUUGCCUCGAAACACGCCGGGAGAGAUCUGCAUCAGAGGCGAUCAAAUCAUGAAAGGGUAUCUGAACAAUCCGGAGGCGACAGCCGCCACAAUCGACAAGGAUGGGUGGUUGCACACCGGCGACAUCGGAUUCAUCGACGACGACGACGAGCUGUUCAUCGUCGAUCGAUUGAAGGAACUUAUAAAGUAUAAGGGAUUUCAAGUGGCUCCGGCGGAAGUGGAAGCUCUGUUGCUCACUCAUCCGGCAAUCUCUGAUGCCGCCGUCGUUCCAAUGAAAGAUGAAGAAGCCGGAGAGGUUCCCGUUGCGUUCGUGGUGAGAUUGAAGAACUCUGAAGUAACUGAGGAUGAAAUUAAACAAUUCAUAUCAAAGCAGGUGGUAUUCUACAAGAGAAUCAAGAGGGCGUUUAUGAUAGACGCAAUUCCGAAAUCGCCGUCGGGAAAGAUCUUGAGGAAGGAGUUGAGGGCAAAGUUGGCAGCUGGUUUUCCAAAUUCUAAUUAAUUAUUAUUCUUCCUUUUCCAAAUUCUCUCUUUUCUUUUGACUUUUU